UCAAAUUAAUUAAAUUAAUUUCAUACCUGGCAACUUUGGGUUGAGAGUGAGAUGUUCGUAUUAUCGUAAUUCCUAAAUUCUUCUGGGAUUGUCUUAGUUUUGCAUUAUAAUUUCUAGUUCACGUUGUUUUAAACCGUUCAAAUCAAUUGGAUUAUUAAAAUGGAUAAAAGGAAACUAUCAACUGCGGGGGACAGCCUCUAUCAAAUAUUACAAGUCCCGAAGACUGCUACACAAGACGAUGUCAAGAAAAGCUAUCGGAAAUUAGCGUUAAAAUACCAUCCCGAUAAAAAUCCUAACAAUCCGGAAGCCGCUGAGAAAUUCAAAGAAGUGAAUCGUGCACAUACGAUACUAAGUGAUGCUACGAAACGGAAUAUAUACGAUAAUUAUGGAUCCCUUGGGCUAUACAUUGCUGAGCAAUUCGGGGAAGAGAACGUCAACGCCUAUUUCGUAGUGACGAGCACUUGGUGCAAGGCGCUCUUUAUCGUAUGCGGGAUUCUGACGGGAUGCUACUUCUGCUGUUGCCUGUGUUGCUGUUGCAAUUGCUGCUGCGGCAAGUGCAAGCCGCGUCCGCCCGAGGAGUCCGGCGACUACCACACGCUGGAGCGAGAUGACUCGGAUGGCGUGCAAGCCGUCACCGUGCAGCCGGGUGGAGAAGGCCGUCCCAAGGGAGACCAGGCGCCUCCCAUUGCCAUGCCUGCUCCACCUCCAUCAGGAGCUUCAGAAAACACCGGCUUGAACACAGACGCGCAGCGCCCUGCGGACCGCGGCGUCUCCGCCGCACCCAAGCCUCAGCUCGACUCCACCUAAGGUCGCUACUGUCGAUGGAUAAAAUGAAGCAGUAUUCCAAAAUACACAUGAAGUAUUUACAACUAGUCUAACAUAAUUUGUAAGUGAAACGAGGAACGUACUUGUAUAACCACCAGCAUGAAUACAUAGGUACAGAUGUAAGCCUAAAUAAAGUUAUGUUCUUCUUAUUAUAACAUAUUAUUUUUAUACGUUUAUUAUAAUUAUUAAUGAUUUUCGCUCUAAAAUAUAUUAUACAACCUAACAUUGUUAUUAUUGAUCAAUGAUGACUUUACUUAUAUUAUUAUGAUGUCGGUGACGUUAGUUAAUCAAAUCUUGCCGUAUUAUUAAAAUUGGUGAUGGUUACUAUUUUAGAAUAUAUUUUUAAUUUAGAUAAAGAUUUACAAAAGGCCAUAUUUAAUAAAAAUCAUUUUGUACCUAUGUAUGUAUAUUAAAUGGAUAAACUUAAUUGUGUGAUUAUAUAUAUCGAAUUGUUCUUUCACACAUUAUAACAAUUAUUAAGUAGUUGUCAAAUAGACAUCGUGAAUGUGGAUAUUAAACGAAUGAUGUAUUUAUUAGAUGAUAUGUAUAAUGUAAACGAUACGCAUUUAAACUAUUGAAAAAUACUCUUAAACAUUUCGUCCAGGGCUUCCUGCGUAGCUUGGCAUUUGCUUCUAGAUUGUUAUUGGCUGUUAGCGCAUCUGUGACACUGUAUACCUUACCCUAUUUCUUGUUGAUUUAUUUAUAAUUCGUACUGAUUAUGUAAAUAAAAUAUAAUAUUACACAUCAA